CGACACAAGAUCUUUGUUUCUCUACGUUGAAUCAGUAAAAACAACGGAGAGCGAUGCAAACAUUUGGCAAACUAUAAGCCGAAAUAAUAUAAAAUUCUUCGAAACUAGACACUGAACCCGAGGAUCUUAAGCUUGAAUUCUGUAAGACACUGCCAGCGACAAUUUCGUUGAAAAAUUAUCCUGAAUUUCUAAUAAAGCAGAAAUGCCAGUCCCUGUGGGUGCUUACCAAACUGGUCCCAGUUGUUGGGAUCGUAUGAAACUGGGAUUUACAAUUGGUUUCUGUGUGGGAAUGGCAUCUGGUGCCCUAUUUGGAGGAUUCUCUGCUCUGAGGUAUGGGCUUCGUGGAAGAGAGCUCGUGAACAGUGUUGGUAAAAUGAUGCUGCAAGGUGGUGGCACUUUUGGAACAUUUAUGGCAAUUGGUACUGGAAUAAGGUGUUGAAAAUAACUUUGUUCCCAGAAUAUAAGACUGGAUAUGACAGGUUAACAUGUAGCACAAUGUUAAUAUGGCAUUAGCCAAAAUUAGCAAUGGACACAUUAUAGAAUAGGUGGCAUUGACAGAUUAGAUUAUUAUUAGCUGCAUAUUCUUUCUGGUUGAUAUGUUAUGAAACUGUAAAAAAAAUUGAAAUUGAGUGAGUCUGUGGUCUGUGAUUAAUAAAAUCAGCAAGUAUGUGAUUAAUAUCCUUAUGGAACUGACACAUGAAUUACUAAACAUAAGGCAUUGACUGUUUUUAAUUACAUGUAUAGUUGCUAACUAUCAUUUUUGGGUAUACUGAACAUUAAUACUAUUGGAAGUUUGUAUCACAACCCAUUUUUGGUUUUGCAUUAUUUCCUGUUGACAUUUGUAAUAAAGAAUCCUCUGAGAACA